GUGCGCGCGAUAAAACUCGCGCCGUACUGCGAACUCCUCACGCGGUCGAACGACGCCGAACGACCGCUCGCGAUAUGCGUCGGAUGGUUUGGAGCGUCGUUGAAACACGUGAAGAAGUAUGCGGCGAUGUACGUCGACGCGAAUUGCGACGCGGUGGCGAUCGCGCCGCCGAGCGCGGCGAUGCUCGUGCCGGCGGCGGUCGAUGCGUACGCCGACGUAAUCCUGCGAGCGCUCGCGCGGCACGUUCGCGGAAAGUGCGUCGUGCACGUGGCGUCGAACGGAGGGUUCAUUUUCGCUGGAAAUUUAAUGCUCAAGGCGGCGAACGGCGACGCGACGGCGCGCACGAUUUUUGAGCGGACGAAGGGCGUCGUGUUCGAUUGCGCCCCUGGAAAUUUGCGGCCCGAUAUCGUGGCGCGGGCGUUCGCGGCUGUCGUUGGAGGCGCGAGCGCGACGAGUGAGCCAUCGCCGUAUUUCGAGGUGUUUGCGUCGUGGUUGUUAGGGAGAAGGGUUCUCAGCGAACGUUUGCUGAGGAUCGAUGAGUUGUGGGGCAAGGCGGGAGCGCCAGAGUCAAUCUUGUUGCGUUGCCCGUCGAUGUUCAUGUACAGCGAAGCCGACGUACUGAUUUCCCCACGCGAGAUCGAGGCUUUCGCGACGCUCAGACAAGACCAAACCGGUCACAGGAGCACUCUUCACAAGUACGACGACGCUGGGCACUGCGAAAUUGGCCGCGACGACUACGAAGAUUACAAGAGCAAGGUGACCGAUUUCUUAGAGCGCGUCGUGCAUUCGGCGGCGUAG